AUGCGCCUCACACUCGCUUUCACGGCCCUCGGCCUGGCAGUCAGCCAUGUCGCCGGCCAGCAGUGGCAGGACUUCGGAGCCAUGCCGGAGCUCGCGAAGCGCCCAUUCUACGACGCCGUAGCGCGACGGCCGUCGCUGGCAAAGAGGGACGGCGGCUGCGCCGAAAACGAACACCCAUGCUCCGACAUCAACGCAACAGACACGUGCUGCGGCAACACGGAGGCCUGCAUCAUAAACGAGACGACGCUCAAGCCGCAGUGCUGCCCGCUCGGGUCGACGUGCGGCGGGACCUGCAGCCCGGAUUCGUACUACUCCGCGAUCACGAGCACCCAGACGGCCUCCGGCUCCACCUCCGUCGAGACGGUCUUCGCGUGCGUCGGCCGCCCCUGCACCAGCACAAACUACCUGUGCCCGCAGUCCAUGGGCGGCAACUGCUGCGCCUACGGCGCAAACUGCGCCAGCAGCAGCCAGUGCCUGGUCCCCAGCACCUCGAGCAGUAGCACCGACGGCCCCGCCGUCGCCACCAUGAUCCCCUCCGGCUGCUCCCGCCAGGGCGACACCGCAUGCACCAUGAGCGGCGCCAGCGGGGUGACUGGGUGCUGCGGCGUCGGUUACGGGUGCGCGACCGUCUCGUCGUCAGCGGUGUGCACGCAGACGCCCACCUCCUCCUCCACGACGGGCGCCGCGCCAACCGGCUCCGGGAUCUCGGUCGUGUCGCCAUCACAGGGGCUCUCGACAGGCGCGAAGGCCGGGAUAGCAGUCGGGGUAGUGGUAGCCGCGGCGCUGGCGAUCGGCGGGCUGACGUGGCUGUGCAUCCGGCGGCGGCGCUCGAGCCGCAGCACGACGACGGGCAACGAGCUGGCCAGCGGCGGCGGGUUCGGCGGCGGGGCGGGGGGCCGGAACGGGGGGCUGGCGGCGGCGGGGCGGCACGAGAGCGACGACGGCGGGCUGCGGGCGUACGGCCCCAGCUCGGGCCCGCACAUGUCCGAGGCGGACGGGUACGCGGCGUCGGCGUCGGCGCACGGGGGAGGCGCGGGCCCGCUGCGGGGGCUGACGAGCGACUACUUUGGGCCUGUUGCUGCUGCGGGCCCGUAUACUACCGCCACCACGCCUGAGUACCACGAGGCCGGCACCGGUGGGGCCGGGGGGCCGUCGCCGGAUUACCUUGCGCGGGCUGUACGGGUUGGUGGGGGCACGCCGCAUGGGCCGGAUGAUAUUGCUUCUGCGGUGGAGAUUGGGAGUGGGAAGGGGAAGGACGGCGGGGAUGGGGUUGCGUUGGUUCGGCCGGAGCUGCCGUCCGAGAGGGGCAGCGACCAGGGCAGCGAGCUGGAUGGGUCGAGCAACAUGCUCGCGAGGCGGCAGCAGAGUAGUCGGCAGGGGCCGAGCUCGCCUGCUGUGAGGGACAGUAUUGCCGGGCGGUUUGAACUAUAUGGUACUGAUGUUGCUGCUGCUGGAGGAGGAGGAGGAGUGGUUGACACGCGUGCGCCGCGGCCGCUUGGGACACCGGGAAGCGAGAUGACUGCCAGCGAGCUGGGGACGCCGAGUCCUAUGAGCCAUGAGGAGCAGCUGCAGCAGCAGCAGCAGAAGAGUGGUCGCAGAUUAGGGGGAUAA